UUAUUAUUAUACCCUCAUUGGGGGCUGAGCCCCCCUAAAAUGAAAAUCCUAGAAUCGUCCCUGUCCGAGUCAGUAAAAUGAUCCGAACUUCCCAUCACUAGGCGGCUGCCGCUGGUGGUCCGCUUGAAUAGCGAUGAGCAAAACGCCGGUGGGCCGCCGACUCUGCCACCAAUGGGCCGCCAGUAUGUUAGCUGGGAUACAAGGAGAUCAAAGGCAGAUAUAGCGUUAUUCUCACUCAUGCGCUGUGCUGCUGAUAAACAUGAUAUAAUUUCAGUUAUGUUGCUUUUAUAUGAAUAUAAAUACGAUGAAGACACUCAAAGUGCUUGCUAUUUAAUUCGAUAGGAAGGGCGUAUUUAUCAUCCAUUUUUAUUUUAAUUCAAACAUGUAUUUUAGAUUUUUAUAGAAACUAUAUGACAACAAUCACAUAUCUCACACAGAGAUCGCACUGUCAGUGUUUGGGAAUAUUCAUGCACAAUUUAAAUACAUAAUAGCAUGAAAUCAGAUUAAAAAGAUAAAACAUUUUAGAAGAGAACGCAGCAUCACAGUUUUCUGAACCAAUGAGCAUUAAGCUGUGUCGUCAGUCAGUAUAGUUUCCCAUCAUGCUUUUGAUCCGCCAGUCGGUGGAGAGCAACUGCGCGUGACUGCUCAGUCCGACACAGCCGCCUCGCCGUCGCGAGAGUUUUUUGGCACAUGUCAGCAUGACAUCAGAGCAAGGCGGACGUAACUCGGACACUUUUCUAACCGGCAUGCAUAUCGCGGUGACAUGGGGGCAAACUCCAAACAAUUGUACUGGGCAAGGCAAUCCGCCCAUGAGUAUGCUUUGAACGCGGAAAGUGUAUACCCGGGCCUUAACACCCUUAAGUAGUUCUCAUACAUUCGUUUAUAAAGUGCAAUGUAAUGUUAAAAACCUACAAUUUCCCCUAAGAAAAACACAAAGAUUGUGCCCUUAUGAGCACAUAGUAUUUGCACAGGCCUAAUAAGGCGAGUAAAGACAGCUGUUUUAUCUAUAUGAACCAGAAAAGCAUGUCAAACUAACCCUGGAGCAAAGGUCAGUCCAGAGGUAGGGCUACUUAAGCAGGUCGGGCUUUCUCCAGCAAUCCUGAACUUGGAAAAAGCAGAUGCGACAACUCAACAGGUCUCUCUGGCCAUCAGGAGAGUAGAGGAGCAAAGAUGUGGCUGUUGAUGCGUUAUAGGGGUUCCUAUAUGACAGCUGUCAUAUGUGUGAUUAUAUUCUGCAUGCUCCUGGUGUUCCGAACCCCUGUGGAUGAGGUCUCCGAAGGCAUGUGUGCAUGUAAAGACUGCGUCAGGCAGCAGACCCACAGUUUUUGGUUCAAUGAACUCUAUGAUCUCUCUAUUCAACCACUGCUUACCUGGGAAAAUCACGUCCUCCGUGAAGAUAUCUACAAGUAUUGGAAGGGUCUUCAGAAAAAUAAGAAUGAAGACAACUACACAGCAGUGGUGGAGAAGUUGUUUUCUCUAUUUCCAGAUAAAAUGCAAUACUCAGAUGCUAGUCCAAAGCGCUGCAGGACUUGUGCUGUGAUCGGAAACUCAGGGAACCUUAAAGGAUCCUGUUAUGGACAUUUCAUAGAUCUUCAUGACUUUGUCAUUAGGAUAAAUAUGGGCCCAACAAAAGGUUAUGAGAACGAUGUGGGUUCUAAGACCACUCACCGGUUUAUCUAUCCUGAGAGUGCUACAGAUGUGGACAACUCCACCUACCUGGUGCUUUCCCCUUUCAAGAUUCUGGAUCUGGAGUGGCUCAUCAGUGCCUUUACCACUAAGAACAUCACAAGCACAUACAAAAAAGUAAGUCCGAGUGUAAAGGCCAACAGACAUAAGGUGAUGAUUCUACAUCCAGCUUUCAUUAAGUAUGUCCAUGAGAUUUGGUUGCUGAAACGUGGCAAAUACCCAUCCACUGGUUUCCUUGCUAUUAUAUUUGCCCUGCACGUCUGUGAUCAAGUUUCUACGUUUGGGUUUGGUGCAGACCAAUAUGGAAACUGGUACCACUACUUCGAGAAAACCUCAAAUAAGGGCUUUUGGAGAUCCCACAAGGUCUGCAUCAUUAUGAAAGCACUUACCUCACUCUUAUACCUAGCACAAGUGCUGCUGCUAGAAACAUCCCAUCAUCUUACUUGGACAAUGCAUUUGCUGUCUGUCUAUGAAUGCAUUUAAAGGGACAGUUCUCCAAAAACUUAAAAUCUGUCUUUAUUUACUCAACCCUCAUCUUGUUUCAAACUUGUAAGAAUUUCUUUCUUCUGUUCAACACAAAAGAAGAUAUUUUGAAGAAUGUUGGUAACCAAAUAGUUUCUAUUUUUUUCUUACUAUAGAAGUCAAUGGCUACCAUAAACUGUUAGGGGGGGGAAAAUACUAUGCAAGUCAGUGGGGACCAGAAACUAUAUGGUUACCAACAUUCCUCAAAAUAUCCUCUAUGUUCAACAGAAGUAAAAAAAAAUCAUACAGUUUUGGAACAACUUGAGGGUGAGAAAAUGUUUUUGGGUGAACUGUCCCUUUAAUUGUAUCUCGCUGCCUCAAGAGCAAAUCUGCUGAUCAAUAUGUUGUGCAUAGACUUGAAUUUAAAAGUGCAGAAAAGGAAUAAAAAUGUGAAAAUGAAAUAUGAUGCAAACUAACAUUUGAAAAACUGACAAAAGGAAAUAAAUUAAUGUAGCAUGCAGGCUCAAAGCUAUUUCAACUAAACACCCUGAAGCUAUUUUUUCGGUUGCAACCAGUGAAACGGCAGUGAUAUGCUCCAUGUGCAAAAAUGCAUCUGCACCAUAGACUGUAUAAAGACACCAUAGAAGAUUUUGAGUGUUCGCUUUGGUUCAUUAUAACCUGUUGAACAAAGUAUUCAUCACUGUAAAUCAUGCAUGUCCUGAUGGAUCUUCAUAAACCUGCAGAUCUGUUUUAUGUUCAUGAGAAUUGUGCAGAAUUAUUUGUGAUGGUUGUGGCUUGUUUUAUAUAUUCUAUGUAAAUGUUAAGAACAAUCUGCAGUUUAAAUUUUUGGGAGGAAUUUGUAAACUUUGAACCAAUUCAGAUGACACACUUUAAUACAUUUGUUUUUCAACUUUUUCAAUAUUUGUGUUUUUAGAAGUCCAACAGUUUAAACAGAAUUCUCACAAUCACUAUUUUAUUGUGUGUUUAGUGAACAUUCCAUAAAUUCCUACUUUUGCGGGCAACCUGAGAGCAGUUUGGCAAGUUGUGUAGGUCUUCAUAAACAGGUUUUUUUGAGGGUGUGAAAGUCUCCAUGUGCCAUAUCAACAAACAUCAUAAGAUAAGUCCCUAGCCUGUCAGACACGGGAUAUGUAAUACUUUUAAAUAAUGUUUAAUAUUAAAUAUUUAUUAUUAUUGUUGAAAACAGCUGAGUAGACUCAUCCAGCAGUUGUUGACAUUGACCAAAAGUUGAAUAGCCUACUCAGACUGUUUAAAUGUAGUAGCCUAUGGCUAUUGUCUUCCAUUUUAUCCUGAAAAACAGGAUAAAACAGAAUGCUUUGUGUUCUGUGGAAAACUGUUCAAAUUAGAAUUACUUCUUUACUAAUUUCUUUACUAAUUAUUUUUGUAAAACUGUGGUUGUACCAAUGGUAAUCAAGCUGAAAAGCUUCUAGUAACAUUAUUCACUAUACUAUAAAAUACAAAGUGUUUUGUUGGUGGUGAUUUGGGCUAAUUACUCUACGGUCCACCAUGGGGCACCAGCGAACAGUUUGUGAAGAUUUCUUUGAAGAACUGAUGAUUCUUUUUCACUGAAGUUCUGCUUGGGCCAUUGUUUUCAGUGAAUACACUUGAAAAAAAGCCCACUUUGAGUAAAGUUAAAAUCUUGUGACAGGUAGUCAGCAGGUUUGCACAUUUAGUGGUAAAUAUUUAUAAUCAGAUAAAAAUGUAUGCUGCACACCUCAUUUAC